UCCAAGUACAAUUUGCAUACAAAAAACAGGGAGUGUUCCGGAUAAGAGAAGGAUCUAUUUGUGUUAGGGUACAUAAAGAUAUAGUUGGUAUGAUCAUGAUUGAUUGGUGAGGGAUGAUGCAGAUGAAGCUGUGCCAGUCAAAUGUUGCAAGAUUCGCAGAUCUCAACUAGUGCACCGGAUGAUGGUCCACAGUCCUCUGGCGACUGGUCCUCAUCCGACAACACACCUCGAACCGACCAUGCAUCAGCCCCACCGUUCGUUGCUCCGGAAAGCUUUCCAGAUGAUACCCCCUCUGGAUGGCUCACUACACAAAGGUCAAGCCGGCCGAAUCGGGAUCGUCGGUGGCUCCAAAGAUUACACUGGGGCGCCGUUCUACUCAGGCUACGCAUCUCUAAGAUUAGGCUCCGAUCUUUCGCACGUGAUUUGUGAACCCAGUGCAUCGACGGUCAUCAAGACCUAUUCCCCCGACCUGAUGGUUCACAGUUACUUGAGCUCACCCAAGGAGCCCGAGGCAUAUGCAAGUCACCAGAACCAAUUCGAGCAGCUCUUGGACCGUCUCCAUGUCCUCGUCGUCGGCCCUGGUCUCGGCAGAGAUACAGAGAUGCAAGAUUGGGCCGAAUGGACACUCAAAACAGCAAUCCAAAAGAAACUGCAUUUGGUUCUUGAUGCAGAUGCUCUAUGGUUACUAGUCAAAAAGCCUGAUCUUCUCCGCGGCUAUCCGAAUGCAAUCCUGACGCCAAACCACGUGGAAUUUCAACGAUUAUUGAAGGCUUGCUCGAUAGAACCCCGAGAGCAUGAUGAUGAUGGACUACUGGCGAUGGAACUCUCCAAGGCUCUGGGCGGGUGCUCGAUUCUGCAGAAAGGUUCGAUAGACCUGGUGGCUCGGGAAGGCUCAGAAGUGGCGAAAGUCAGCUGCGAGGGCUCUCCCAAACGUUGCGGUGGUCAGGGCGAUAUUCUGAGUGGCUUAGUGGGGACAUGGUGUGCUUGGACAAAGCUUUACUUCGAACGACAAUCACAGGACGAAAAACCCAAGUCGCAUGAGCUGCCGAUCUCCCCGGAAGAAGCAUGGAUCAUCGCCGCCGUCCUCGGAUCGGAAAUCACCAGAACUUGCUCUAGAUUAGCCUACCAUAAGUUUGGCAGAUCGAUGCAAUCGAGCGAUAUGCUGGGCUAUAUCGGCGAGGCCUUCGAGCAGGUCAUGCACGGCCACACAAAAGAUUGAAUUUCCUUCUCCUUGUAUGUAUACCAUCUUGUAACAUUGAUCUCGAAGUUCUAAAGAGUUUGUUGUUGUCAGUAUUAGUUAACAAGGUCGUAAGAAUGGUCAGUGUCCAGAGUAUGAUUAACAGCAGACUUAUCUAACUUUCUCCAAUUGAUAAUUGGCAUCUAUCAAUCCAAGUUUCAAUCACGUGCACCCUGAUUCAAUAUAACAUCCAUCCAAUAAUCGGGACAUGAAAUGUGGG